GUCGGUACCUUUUAGAGGAUUAUGUCGUCUGUUGUGUAGUAAAUACUAGAAAUUGAAAUCGCAAGAAUUCAGUUCUUAUCAGUUGAUUAGAUUGGUGCUAAAGGUUCCUUGAAAAGUAAGUAAUUUCGAUCUUUCUUAUUAACUGUUUUGAUCUAAAACGAUUCUUUCUUCAUUUAGAGCCGUUAAAAACUAUUUAAGAUGAUGGUGAACAACAACAAAACUCAGUAAAGCAGAUAAAACCAGAUUGGUUUUCCAGAUUUUUUUUCUAUUGUUCAGAAUUUUUGAAUAAAUGAUACGCUUGUUUAAACUCUAAGCUUGCAUGGGCCUGAAAUUCAAUUGAUCAUAGACAAGAGAGGAUAGAGAGUGAAACCAAUAAAUGAGUACUAUAAAAUACAUAUAUUAGUAACAACUUCUUGUCUCAACGAAACCAAAAAAAAGUUUAGUUCUCAAAAUUUUUUCCAACUUUGAUUCGGAUGUCGUUUCAAUAAUUUUCAGUUAUACCCUCUUUUUUUAGUCAUGUAUCGACAUAACAGAAAAAGGGACGUUAUUUGAUAUAAAGAUUUUGAUAUGGGUAUUUCAUUCUUUAAUCUCGUUUUGAUUCAAUGAAGUAUUUUUUUAUGAAAGAGCUACCCCACCGUUGGACAGUGAUCAUGGAACGUUACACAUAUGUUGGUAUUUCAAUAAAGAACUGACUGGUACCGCUCAUGGUCCAUAAUGCAUGAGCGUACUUUAACCGAGUCAAUAUUUUCCUGUAUUGUUUACCUUUUGCAGUUAUGAGCAAUUCGUGUAUGUAAAUUGUUUUGUGUCUUGCGGAAUAGUUGACUUGUAGCUAUGGUUACCGUAAGCGCUAAUCGAACAAAGAUGGGCAGAAGACAAAGAAAACGUGUCCUCAAAGCUUACAAUGUCUCUUCUAUUAAUCUCAUUUAAUCCUUCAUUAAGCCGUUUUUCAUCAGUAUGAUACUCCUUUGGGAAUCACUUAUGGUUGCAUCAUUUGAAUUCAUUGGUCUGUGAGUAAACUCAUCAAUUUGGAAGAAGUCAUCUUCAAAAACAUUGGUGCAGCAUUUCGGAAAUUAUAAAGAUUCCACGAACGCUGAAAAUUGACAAAGAAACUACAUGUAGACCAAGAAUAUGUCUUUAAAAUAGUCUUCUUGCACCAGUGUGCCUUUUGCAUAAUUUGCUUUAUUUUGGCAUUCUUUAAGAGGCUCUCAACAACGGAACUAUAAACAAAGAAAGUUUAAAGAAGCCACAACUUAAAGAAGUCUGAGAACAUCCGUGCAAAUGCAACUUGAAAGUGAUAUCUUAAAGCAAACAUGAGGUUUAAUUUUAUAUUUUCAAGGAACUUUUGAAGAGCGCACGGAAAAAUAAAUCACAGAGCUGUACGAACAGUACUUAAAGAUUUUGAUCUCAUAGCGGAAAACCACGUUAUAGUUUUGCGAUGGCUUCUCGAGAUACAGCUUUACAGAGCUCAAUUGCCUUUCUUCAAAUUCAGAAAAAUGCGAAUUUAAAGAGAUCUACCUCGAUGAGUGAAGAUGUGUUCCGAAUUUUUCGUCAGACAGGGCGACGAAUUUCUUUGAUUCAGCAACAGGUGGAGAGGGAGCGAUGUUCUUACUUAAAGGAGUCCUACACGGAAAAAAACCAGCUUUAUAAAGAACUCGCGCAUAUUUUCCAUUCCAAGAGAGCAAUCAGGUCUCAACAAGGGACAGAUGUUCUUUCCUCGACAUCCGCUCCUCAAAAGAAACAUUCACAAGCUAGUUUUGGGGAGAAAUCAAAAGAGGCAGAUCUUGGCAAUGGUCACAAAUGCAAGUCCGUGAAGGAACUUCGUUCGAUUAAUGUUAACGUAUUAAAAAGAUGCGAGUGUUGUCGCCGUAGGGCUUUUCGAACCAUUGAGGAAAAUGAUGACGACGAAGAUAUUUUUGAUGAAGAAGCUUUCCAAUACGAGAGUCAGUUGCAAACGCUCGAUGACAAGUCAAGCGACAAGGCGAAAACUAAAGCAGGCAGAAAGAUAAGCCAGAGUUCUAGGUCUUCAAACGAAAAGAAUGAACGUAAAUUGGGUAAAAAGAAGACUGCACUGGUGCAGUUUAGUAGGUAUGACGAUAUUCGAAUGCCAGCUGCCACUCAGAGAGUUAAGGCAGGAAUAUGGGCUUUGAAAAAGCAGAAUGGUGGGCCUGAUGAUCAGAAAAAACAAAGUAAGGCCGUGCGUUUUGGAGGAAAUGAUUCGACGGUGGAAAGUCCUUCAGUUCAAAGAAAGACCUCGUCUGAUACUCCUGCUUCGACUGCGAGACCAACACUUAAAUCCCGAGCGAGUAUAAAAUUGGAAAGUCAGAACAACAAAGGUGACAAACUACACCUUGAUGGUAACGCAUGGUCCACUCAUGUACAAGACCUUCAUGAGAAAAAGAACAACAAUAACAAUGCAAUUAGCGGCUUGUCGAAGGCGUAUUGCGCGUUUAAAAAGCUCCUUAACAAGAUGGAGGAUGAAUAUCAGGCAAAGCAAGUGAAAGAGGACGAAAUGAGGCCUGAAAGUCGAAUUGAACUACCAGGUAGUCGACCAGUUUCGAACAUAUCAGGGAGCGAUUCAAGAUGGGCCCCUUUGCGUCGAAGUUCAGACUCGCUUUCUGUUCGUUUGAACACAUGGACAACGGGAAGCCUCGAGCCCACCUCCAUGAACAGCUUCGAGGAAAAUUGCGAGGAAGAAGUCCGGGAAGGGAAAGGCGAGAGUGUGAACAUUGGGGAGGAUGAGAAAGAUGAUGGUUCCUUACAUGAAGUGUACAUUAUGCAACACCGUUAGCUGGUAAAUGACAAAAACCACAACAGAGACUUAAAUUAUAACUGGAUACUGGUUGAAACUUACAGGACGUGAAAGGCACUUGGCAAUGCUGAUCAUUUAAAAAGAUAUCUCAUUUUGAGAAUUAUUAAAUAAUUGUCUUUGGAGACUUAAUUCUUUGCUAAGGAGGACUUUUAUUCAUAGAUUUUUCAGGCCAUUUUGAAUGCCUAUAAAAGAACUUUUCAAGCAGUAACGAAUGGGUAGAUUCAUUCAGGAGAGAGUUAAAAUAUUGCAAUUAAUUGCUCACAAUCAAAACCAUUGAUAACCUUCCUUAUCUGGAAUAUCGUCAGACACAGUCAUGUGUACAUCUGUAGCUAAA